ACUCUGUGCAUUAUAUAGUGAGAGUAUAAAAACACUUUUCUGCAUAAAAUUUAUCGAAUUCGCUUGUAUUUUAAUGUUCAAUAAAAAUUAUUUUUCAACUUCUUUAGGAAAUCAUUUAAAGUAAAUAUUUUUUUGCAAUUUUUCAAAUUGUUACGUCAAGUGAGAAAUAGGCGUUAUGGACGAAAAAGAUCCGGUAUUAACAUUUUGGACUGAAUUCACCUGCGCCUACCCAUAUUCGCAAAAGAUGUGUGAUGGUUUCGCAAAAUUAUUCCGUUUCAUUUUCGACAAUCACUUGGAUUCUGUGGGCACAUUCGACACAAUGUUGUUGUCUUCCUUUAUACUAAUUUUUCUAGCAUUUUUGGUAGCAUCUAUGCUAACGAUAUUCGAAAAAGAUCAGAAGUCUUUGCAGCAAAUAAAAGAGAAAGUUAGACAUUCAACUGCAGUCAUCGCACAGCUCGCAGCAACUUUAUGGACCAUAAGAGAAACGAAAUUCAAAAGUAUCACUCCAGAGGGAUAUCGAAGAAUAAGAGAAAAUAAGGAAGCAAUAAUGGCCUUAAAAAAUCCGCCACAAACACUAGAGAUGGACAUCCCAAAGGAGUCACAUGAAAAACCAAAGGAUGUGAAGAAAAAAUUUGUUAGAGGUUUUAAACCCCUCAAACGGGAUUUAUCACCACCGCCAGUGAAGAGUGCGCCGUAUUCAAUUUUGAAACGGGCAAAAUUUGUUCAACAAAAAAAACUUGGCAGCCUUUCCAUUGUACAAAAUAAAAGGGCGAAAAAUUUACGGGCUGUAGCCAGCGCUGCUUCACUCAACAAAAGGCAAUUAGAUCCUACAACAUCAAGGUCCAUUAGCGAGGGUGUUGAAACUAGAAAUAUUGGCUUAACAAAAGUAGUUAGGAAAACAUAAUUUGGAGACAUUGUAAAAUAAUUUAGAUCAACUGCAUGUAAUUGAGCAUUUUAACUUAAAUGUAAGACAAUUUCAGUAAACUGAUAAAUUAAAAUUAUUGAA